AUGGUCAACCUUUCCGAUAUCUACGCCGAGCGAAUGACCGACUUUGAGGAUGCCCUCGGCAUAAAGCAGGUCAAGCCUGAUGGCGACACUCAUGUGUUUGUACUGAACCACAGACUCACCAAACCGCUGAAGAAGUCCAAAGGUGUCUAUGGAGGCAAUUUGGCGGGACAAGCACUUCUCGCUGCGAUCAGAACAGCGCCAGAGGGAUUCACCCCACACUCGCUUCAUUCCCACUUUGUCAAGAGCGUGAGUGACCAGCACAGAGUGAAAUGGACAGUGGAGGAGAUUUCCAACGGUAAAACUUUUUGCAACCGAAGCGUCAAGGCGUGGCAAGAUAAGCAGAUCAGGUACAUUGCCAACAUCUCGUUGACCAGAAAGAACUGUUUCAGGCAGUCGGAGAGAGAGUACUACGAGUAUGAGGAGAGACAGGAGCAGAAGAAGAAAGAAGCCGCUGCUCGAGGCGAGGAGUACGAUCCAGACGACGACGGUGAACCUAUAAAGCUGAAGCCUUUUUCUUUCCAGACACCUCUUCCGCGGUGGUUGCUUGAAGAGCGCAGAGAGGACAUGGCGGUGGACAAAAGGUCCGCUAACAGGUACAUCUACCACAAAAUCCCACACCAGUUCGUGCUGUUGGAAGACACAAAGUACGAGGAUAAAGUGCCUGUCACGGAGAGAAAGAUGUCUUUUUUUGUGCGGUUGGGAGAUGGGAACCUCAAGAUCAAGGACUCUGCGUUUCAGUUCGUCGGGCUCGGUGUAUUAUCUGACUCGUUGUUCUUGACUCGCCUUGCUCGAGUCUUGCGCAUUUCCACCGUCAAUUUAAACCAGACGGGCCACUAUUUUUCUGUUUCACUUGACCAUAUCAUCUACUUCCACGAUAGCGACUUUGAUUGUACGCAGUGGGUAGCCUUUGGCUUCAAAGCGGUGCGUCUCAUCAACAACAGGGUCCUCUUGGAAGCAGAGAUGUACAACGAGGCGGGCCAGCACGUGGCCACAAUUAUCCAAGAAGGCUUGGUUCAUUUUAACGGGCUCGAAAAGCAGGCCCAUCUUUAG